AUGGAAUCAACACUUCCAUCACGACGAUGCGAAGUAACUUUAAAUGAACUUGUCUAUUUAAUAAGUCAAGUAGGACGCUCAGAUUUAUAUCAUGAAAUUGUUCUAUAUAUGAAAAAGCAACAACAGCAAACAAGUCCAACGAUACCUAUAAAACAUCAAUUUCAUCCCAUUAAAAAUGAAAAUAUUAUUUGUUCUGAGUCGAAUGAGAGCUUUUCACAACUAUUAUCACAAACGUUAGAUAUCAAUGAUUCAGAUGAAACUUUUAUAGUUCAAGAUUUUUCUAAACAAUCUCUGUCACAAGCAUUGGGCAGUUUACUCACAGACAGUAUUGCAAAGAAUCGCAAUAUUAAUGAGGAUUCGCUAACAACAGCUAAUGAUUGUACAGAAUUAAUAUCACUCAACUACGAUAAACCAUUAUUUUCAUUUAAUGCGGCAGAUGAAAAAUUGAACAAAAAAAAUCGAUAA